CUGCCUUGAUCAGCUCCCAAUCCCAGUGCUUUUUUUUGAAAUGAAUGACUUCCUCGCUGAUUAACUUCUAGAACUCGGAAGAAAAUCAAAAUGAGGCAAAUUUGGUUCUUCUUAAGCCUUUGUCUGGCUGUGUGUUCGUCCCAAGAUGAAAGUGGAAGAGACUCUUCAGUGUGUAUUUCCAACAAUCCAUUACGAAUCAAGUGCGAAUGUGAGCCCCAUGGGAGUGUCAAUUGCCAGCACAAGAGCAUUCAUAACAUUGACGAACAGUUACACAUCCCGGAUGACACCACGUUUCUGGAUUUAUCCAGGAAUGAGAUCAUAACCGUUCCCAGCAAUCUGUUUUCCAAUGUCAAUAACUUGAAGGAGUUGUAUCUAAGUCGGAACCUCAUCGGCAAAAUCAGCUCCAAUGCUUGGUUCGGAGCCUUGGCCGAACUCGAAUUGCUGGAUUUGAGUCAUAAUCGACUCAGUGAGCUGACUUCAACCACUUUUCAAGGGUUGAUCCGCCUUCGAACGUUGAAUCUCGGGAACAACUACUUCACCACACUUCCAGCUUAUGUUUUUAUUCCGGUUCCUAAUUUGGAAGUACUCGACAUCUCUUCCACUCAUGGCAUUGAUGCGCUGGAACCUGACAGUUUGGUCAAUUGCAAACAAUUGACUAGUCUCAAUUUGGCCAAUUGCUCAAUUGAGCAUCUUCCUCCAAAUUUUUUUAAGGAUACACAUAGCCUUAACUCUUUAAGCUUGGCAAACAACUCCUUUGAUCAAAUUCCUAACGAGGAGCUGUCUUUGAUCCGAUCCACUUUGACCGUUCUGGAUUUGAGCGGGCUUCAUAUCACAGAUAUCCACAAUCAUGACUUCUUCGGCUUUCACGCCCUUCGUAUGCUUAAAAUCAAUCAAAUGCCUUUCUUGGAACGAGUGGAGGUUUUGGCAUUUAGCUCUCUCACAAGCUUGCAAAGAUUGGACAUGCAGGACAAUCCUCAUUUACAUUACAUCGAUCCCCAAGCAUUCUACAGGACCAUUGACGGGCAGCUCAAAAACACUCCUAAAGAGAUUUAUUUAGCCAAUAACAAUCUUACUUUCAUCUCUGGCUCAAUGUUUUACCCGUGGGAAAUUGAUGUCCUUGAUCUCUCUGGAAACCCGUUGGAGUGUGACUGCAAUUUGGAAUGGAUCAACCACUUACCCGAGGUUAUCGACAACAUUGAUUCCCUGAUUUGUCACGGACCUGCCGAGUUGAAAGAUGAACCUGUAGUGAUGAUGAGCGUGAUUAACCGAGAUUGUGCAGAGGAGCAAACACUGAGAGAAAUAUGAUUGUUCUGCACGUGUAAGUAAAUGAGGAUGUUACGUCAAUCACCGAUGUAAGUGGAAAUGUACGAAGCAGAUGAAUAGGGUUAUGGCCGAGAGCUACCUAGAAUAACAUUAACACUUAACAUAACUCAUUCUUGGUUGAGUUUGCUAUUUGGUGCUAUACUUAAGCGAAGUAUAAAUGAAAAGGGUUUAUUAAUUUGGAAACUUUUAAUCCUUGUAUCACUCUUAGAAUGGCUUGGGAUUUGACCUGAAAUGACCUAGUUUUGUCUCAUCCACAUUUCAGUUUCAAGGCUUUGCGUAUUCUCAAGAAGUAGAACACUACCUAGAAUUUUAUGAUCUGUACUGCUUCAGUAAAAAAUUUACAUCCCAUCUCAAGUUUAGCU